UACAAUAUAUAUUCCCCCAAAACUUCACCGGCACCACCGGUCUAUCUCUUUCUCACAACACACAUUUCUUUCUUCCACUCGAACCCCAAAACGACGAAUUUCACUGUAUAAGAGAAAAAAAUGAUAUAAAAUAUCCUCUCUCAUCACCAUUUUGCACAGGAAACCCUAAUCUUUCCCUCUCAAAAUCUCUUCUUUUCCUCAUAAAUUAGGGUUUCAAACACGUAAUAGAAUGUACAGGGAGAGAGGUGGAGGGGGAUCCAAGGGUAAAAUGGAGCGAUCUUCAACGGCGACAAGUUCGAAGGGAGGUGGAGCCGGAUUGAAUUUGAAUGGGAAAGAAACUAAUAAAGAUCGUUCUUUGCCUGGGAACUCCAAGAUUUCUUCCCUUCCUAGGUCUUCUUACCCCAAUAAGAAACUCUCAAAAGGAGAGGAAAAUAUAGUAGAGGAAUCUGAAACAGACAGUGAGGAGUCAGAUGUGAGUGGAUCUGAUGGGGAGGACACAUCAUGGAUUUCAUGGUUUUGCAGUCUUCGUGGAAAUGAGUUUUUUUGUGAAGUUGAUGAAAAUUACAUUCAAGAUGAUUUCAACCUCUGUGGUUUAAGCAGCCAAGUUCCCUAUUAUGAUUAUGCUCUUGAUUUGAUUCUCGAUGUCGAAUCCUCUCAUGGAGAUAUGUUCUCAGAAGAACAAAAUGAGAUCAUAGAAUCAGCAGCAGAGAUGCUUUAUGGUCUUAUUCAUGUACGAUAUAUCUUAACAACCAAAGGAUUGGCUGCCAUGCUGGAGAAGUACAAGAAUGCAGAAUUUGGGAGAUGCCCGAGAGUCUACUGCUGUGGUCAACCCUGUCUUCCGGUUGGUCAAUCAGAUGUGUCUCGACAAGGCAAUGUAAAAAUUUUCUGUCCAAAAUGUGAAGACAUUUAUACCCCUCAAUCCAGGUUUCAAGAUAACCUAGAUGGAGCUUAUUUCGGGUCAACAUUUCCUCACUUAUUUCUUAUGACUUAUGGUCACCUGAAGCCACAAAAAACCUCACAGGAUUAUGUUCCAAGAAUCUUUGGUUUCAAAGUCUACAACCCAUGAGAAGAAUCACAUCAACAUCAUAUAUCAUCAAAUCCUGGAUCCAAACAUCUUGACUUGUUCGAUAUCAAGUUUUCAUGUUUAAUCAACAAAAUACAAAUUAAGUCCAUAAGAAAUCAAUUUAGGAUCCUAUAUAUUAUAUGUUUAAACACCUAAUUAGAAAAAAAAAAAGGAAAAAAAUGUGUGCUCAAGAGUGUUUAUGUGUCUUUUUCUUUCUCUUUUUAUUUGUAUGAGUACUAAUUUUAAUUUUGGUCGGUUAGGAAGGUUUUUUUUUCUUCUUCUAUGAAAUGCGUUCGACUUUGACUUGUGAAGAACCAAAAUCAUGUAUUUGUAGUUAUGUUUAUGAGUUCAUGAAGCGGAUUCAAACA